AUGGAUACAACUGUAGAUCCGGCUGCAUUCUCAGUAAUUGACUGUAAUGCGGACGUUCUCGAAGAUGUUUCGAACAUUUUAAGUCAAUCAAGCAUAUCAGUGAUUGAUUUGUCAUCUAGGUACUUCCAAAUAAUGUCAGAAGAUCUCAGUACAGUAAUAUUGAAGGUAAAACAAUCGGAAAAGGUCAGAGUAGAUGCGAGAUUCAAUAGCAAGAAGAAGAUGAUCUUUGGAGAUAUGAUAACAGCAUUGAAAAUUGCGAAAAAAUUCUCUGAUAAGGUAAUUUUGUCGAUUUACGAUGAAGGACCGAUCGUUGUUUCAGCAGAUAUUGCUGGUAUUAUAUCAAUGCAGACAAAGAUCGCAACAAUGGAUGUUCAGAGUAAUAACACAGAAAAAGAUGAAAAUGAAGAAUCAAUCUUGACAACUCCUGAGAUAUAUCGCAAUAAAGAAGCAUCCAGAGUUAGAGUUGAAGCUCCUCCUUCAUCUGCACGUGAACAGAGAGACAAACAAAAGAAGCCUAUUCAAUUUUGA